AUGAGCCUCCAGAACCAUCAUUCAUUGGUACGAUGGAUGUCCUCCAAUCGUGGAUAUCUUCACCCGAAUAUUGAGCUUGCCUUCAAUGUGGAGAAAGGUUUCCAUGCUAGAGUCAUUGCAGGAAGAUCAGUAAAAGCCGGUUCCUGCGUAGCCCGAUGCUCGACGACAACCUCGUUGUCCGUGCUGAACGCUUUGCAUACCCCUCCAUUCUCAUGUCGUGGAACAAGGUUUCCCUCUGCUUUCCUCCGCCACCAAGACAUCGCCAUUGUGCAGUGCUUUUUCCUCAUGGAGCAGUGGAUUCUCCAAGAGAGUUCAUGGUGGGCACCAUACCUGUCAACACUUCCGAAACCAGAUGACAUCGAAACUCUUUGCUUCACGGAUCAGGAGGAGGACCUUGCCAGUCUAAAGGGCACGAACCUGGAGAGCGCGAUCAAAAAGCAGCUUGACGUUUGGAGGGAUGAAUAUUCCAAGGGAAUGGAACAAUUGAGAAAGCUUGAGUGGCCGAAUGCAAUGAAUGGGAAGUACACCUGGGGAUUGUUUCGUUGGGCAUCUACUAUGUUUGGCUCCCGUAGCUUCACGUCUCAAGUGCUUUCUAAUACUCUUCCGGCUGACAAGGCUCGCCCGAUGGGACAUUUGGAUCCUGAUCAUGAGGUGCUCUCAAACUUGUUCGAGGAUGGAUUUGCCGUUCUCUUACCGCUACUUGACCUCCUGAAUUACCGUCCAUUUUCAAAGGUCGAAUGGCAGGCAGGACUGAACGAGAUCGGUCUUCAAGUCCUAGAAUCCUUUGACGGAGGUCAAGAGGUGUGCAACAACUACGGUCCAAGAGACAACGAGGCUCUGAUGCUCGGGUACGGGUUUGCAGUAUCUGCUAAUCCAUUUGACCACUAUUCUGUAGGAUUCAAAGUGCCUCCUGGCUCGCCUCUCGAGGAGGCUAGGAGAUGGCGUGCCACUCAGUCUUUAAAGGCCAACAAAAAGGGAAAGGCAGAUGAGCGGUAUCGCUACUACAUUUUUAACUCGGAACAUCCCCGAGCAAAGGCUGGUCAUUGCCUCGAGACGUCAAUUUUUUCACAGGACUUAUUCGAGAGCAUUUCAAUACUCUCUGCUAAUAUUCGCGAACUGCAGAGCGACAGAUUUCGAGCAACAGGAACAAUACUUGAAUGGGACACCAGAGGGAUGACUGAUAGAAGGCAGUGUCGCAACCUACUCCAUACGCUCUGUCAGCUGCGGUUAGAAUGCGCCAAUCGUUUGGAAUUGCUGAGAAUGAAUAUGUCAAGAUCCAGAAACGGCUCGAAGCCUACGAUGUCACAAAAGCAGCAAUAUGCGGAAAUAUACAGCAACAGCCAACUUGUGAUACUCGAGACUGCCGCCCUACUAUGCCGAUAUUGCAUACUUAGAGCUCAAACUACCCCAAAAGAGGACACUCUAAUUAUAUCUUCCGCUGCUGCAGCUGAACGGAUACCCCACACUUCACCUGCUGUUGUCAACGUCCAGCAUUUGGUGCAUAGAAUGCACUCGAUAAUUGGUUUCCGCACGCUUUUCAGUUUCUCUUUGGCCGUUGACUUGCUUCCGGAAACCCUGGCCUUGAAGAUUCGCAAUGCAGCAGAGGCUGUCAGCAAAGCUUUGGAGAGAAAAGCUCAGGCAAGCUUUUCGCAACCAUUAGCAGUCUAUAACCAGCUCCCGGAGAAGAUCAAGUACACUUUUCUUCUAGCUGCUUUAAGGAAAGCCUACACCGAUCGCUCAGAUACGCUGCCCAAACCCCUUAAGGCUUGGAUUCGGGAUCUUCAGUCUUGGUACGCAUUCGAUGACCCGUUCUGGAAUGGGCCAACGGAGGAUUUCGUGCCCACGCUAGAAUUGUUGAUGGAAGCUACUGAUUGCCUGGUACCGGAAACCUUUGACCCGAUCAUGAACGAUGUGUGGAGUGACCCACAGAUGAUAUGCUGGGCUUGGAAUGUCCAGGAGGAAGAAGGGCUCUUCAGUGAUACCGAAGUCUCAGAGUCUAACAGCAACGGUGCAGUUUGCCAACCUUCCACAUAUCUAUUGUGCAUACCUGGAGUGCAUCUGAGCAAUAGGUUAUUGGACUAG